AUGACUGAGGCACAGUCAGUUGUGGCAGAUGGCAAUCAGAAGUUAUUUCCCUGUGAAGUCUGUGGGAGAUGGUUUGCAACAGAUGUUCUGGAAAGACAUGGACCCAUAUAUAAAAAGAUAUUCAACAAAAAACGCAAACCCUUCGAUUCCUUGAAGCAGAGAUUACAGGGAACUGACAUUCCCACCGUGAGUAUGCCUCCUCAGUCCAAGGCUCAGCCCGUGAGGAAAUCUAACUGGAGACAGCAACAUAAUGAGUUCAUCAAUGCUAUCCGAUUGGCAAAAGAAUGCACUCUAGCCAUUAAAGAAGGCUGGUCCCUUCCACCUCCUCCCCCUCCAACCAUCAACCCAGAUUAUAUUCAAUGUCCUUAUUGUAUGAGGAGGUUUAAUGAAACUGCUGCCCAGAGACAUAUUAAUUUCUGCAAAGAUCAGUCUUCUCGGCGUGUCUUUGAUCCAGCCCAAACAGCAGCCAGACUGGCAUCUAGAGCUCAGGGUAAGGCCCAGCCAAGUCCUAAAAAAGAAGCAACGGUUUCUAGUGCGGUGGGAGCCCGACUGCAGAACAGGGCUGUGGAAACCAAGAAUGAAGCCGGGGCUCGCUCACGAUUAUCCAUGGAUCCUGCUUCUGGAGGAAAACUCAGACAAGGAUUCAAUAAAUCUUCUAAAAAGGAUUAA